AUGAAGACAACAAGAACAAAAUUGGAUGUUAAUGUAGACGAUGUCGAUGACCAAAGUGAAAAUGAUGAUGCAUGUCAAUCUGUUAGCCCUAUAAGACCGACCACUUUUAUGUCAGGCUUUGCCCAAUUUGCUAAUACACCAUCCAGGAAGAAGAGAAAAGACUAUGCUCAAUUGGUGUCCACUACCAACAUCAUAGAUUUAGAGCAUCGUCAAGGUUUUGGUAGUAAUACUAGAGUAGCUUUUAUGAAUGCCAUGCAAGGAGUUGCCAUGGAGGUUCCCUCCGUUCAAAGAGGUACCACCUUUGGUACAACAAGAUCACAUGUUAUUCUGGGUGAUGGUUCAGGAUCUAAUUUUGUGUCGUGGACACCUCAAACAUCCUGUAUGGCUGAACCUACUGCCAUUUUUCAUCCAUCUUGGAAUAUCACUUAUGAAACCAGUGUGAUGGACUCGACAUAUAGCUCUGACUUCAUAUCCAAUGUCAUAUCCAAUGUCUUUCCACAAGUAACUUUCCACACCUAUCAUGAUCUCCACGAUACCGAUUGUAAUGCCCACACCCAGAACAAUGCCCAUAGUAACGCCCGUAAGGCCCACAUCCAUAAUGCCAAUGGUAACGAUCGCACCCACGACGGUGUAACAUCCUUAAACUCAUAG